UAUGGACAAGUCCCAGGAAUUCCGCAUGGAAGUUGAAUUGUCACAAAGAAAAUGACUACGGACGCACCAUCGAGCAAGCCUGUAAUGAUUUUCCCGGAGAAACAGUUCGUUCUCAACAAAUUUCUCGCAUAAUUCUUGUUGAAGCCAGAAAAAUCUCCAGGAAUGGAAGUCAAAUUAUGACAAUGUUCCAAUGGACGAAGAAAAUUCAAAGCGAGGGUUAUCACUGGUCGCGAGUUCGAGUUCGAUUUCGCGCAGGGGCGAGAAGGCUUGCUUGUUUUUAACUUGUUACGGCAUGUAUGGCGCUACAGCCUAGUAGCAGACGAAGAAAUCUUUUUGCUCGAAAUCUUCUACGGUUUUAGGUAAAGGUCGUGAGUUCGUAUUUUAGCUGAAGAUGUAGGGCAGAUGUAAGGCCUGGAGCGGCCAUAGACAAAGCCUUUGUGCGUUGAAGGAGACAAGUUUACUGCAGGGUCGUAGAGAAUUAAGAAAGGGGUAAAACCAUAAUUGCAUAUUUAACCGUGCUGUAAAUCAAAGAAUAUCAAGGUGCUUUCAGACAAGUGGGACAGAGUUGAGUUUUUUCAUUUUCUGAUAUGGGUCGGGAUGAGGAUGCAAUCUUGGAAAUUGACACCACAUGGAAGGGCAGUGAGGAUGCAAGCAAGUCAAAGAGGAAGAAUAAUCGCUACAAAGGUAUAGCCACCUAUGCAGCCAUGCCUUCUGCUGAAGAUGCACAGAAUACAGGUGCUAGUUGCUCAUUAGGGUCUUCUUCUGGAAUGGAAGGUGCUUAUAAUAGUAACAAUCAUAGGAGAAUGCUGCCAAAACAGGGUUCAUUUCAAACUAACUCGGCAUUUAGGGGGCCCCAAGAACAAAAGACAUGGGUCGAAGCAGGUUAUCAAGGGCAGCCAAAUACUAAUUUAUAUAGUGGAGCAAAAAAUGGGAAUAGAGAAAUAACUUUUCCCCAGAGGUCUAAGUUGUCAAAUUCGAAUUUCUCAGCAAAUUGGGCCAAGAGUGAGUUGUCUUCUUCAGCAGGCUUCAAAGAGGAUGCAGGCACCAGAAGAUCUAAAAAGGAUUUUAGUGGAACUUCGCAGAAGGCACAAAGGUGGCAUGAUAAGAGUGGAACUAACAGGGGUUGGGAUCAGCCUUAUGAUGCAGCUUCUAAGACCCGGGGAUUUAAAGAUGGAAUUCAUCUUGAGAACAAGGGACAGAGGAAUCUGCGAGGUGACAAUUGGGGCAUGAGAAAUCAGGGUUGGCAACCAGAAAAUAAGCGGGAAAGGAAUCAGUCACGGGGGAUGUGGCAAUCUCAUAAGCCAGAAACAAGUUCAGAAUCUGUUAAUGUUAACUUAAACAGAGAGAAUGGACUUAUCCCUCCUCCUGCAAAGGGUUUUCGAUGGAGAAACAAAGCAAAUAAUUCUGCCACAGGAUCUGGCAAAGAUUCUGCAUCACAUGUGGCUGCAGAAGUUUCACAUGUCAGAAACGGUGCAUUGUCCAAUCUUCUUCCUUCAGAGCAAUAUCAAGGAUUAAGUACGCUGGAUGAUGACGUUGGAACUUAUCAAUCUGGAAGUGAUUCUGAUGCUCAAAGUGUGGAAAGUGAUGAUGAUUUGUUGGGCAGUGGUGAUGAUGACGACUCUGAUGCUAGUGAUGUUAGCCAUGAAACUCAAAAGAAGAAUAAGUGGUUCAGGAAAUUCUUCCACUCGUUGGAUUCUCUGACCAUUGAAGAGGUAAAUGAUUCUUCAAGGCAGUGGCAUUGUCCGGCAUGCCAUGGUGGCGUGGGAGCCAUUGAUUGGUACAAAGGUAUGCAACCCCUUAUAUCCCAUGCAAAGACCAUACGGUCAAAGAGGGUUAGGUUGCACAGGAAACUUGCAAAAGUUUUGGAAGAAGAAUUAAAUAGGCGAGGAGCUGCAGGUCUGAACACAGAAGGAAUGUUUGGAAAGUGGAAAGGUUUGGGGGAAGUAUCAAAUAAUCAAGAGAUUGUUUGGCCUCCAAUGGUCUUCAUUCAAAACACUCUUCUUGAUCAAGAUGAUAAAGAAAUGUGGCUGGGAAUGGGAAAUAAAGAAUUACUUGAAUAUUUUAAAGGCUACAAGGCGAUGAAGGCAAAGCAUGCAUAUGGGCCCAGAGGACAUCGAGGAAUGAGUGUGCUUAUCUUUGAGGAUUCAGCAAUGGGAUACUUAGAGGCAGAGCGCUUACAUAAACAUUUUAUAAAGGAAGGUAGGGGAAAGGAUGACUGGGACAGAUGCCAUGUACAUUUUCAACCAGGGGGGAAACGUGUAUUGUAUGGCUACAUAGCAACAAAAGAGGAUAUGGAAAUCUUUAACAAGCAUUCCAAAGGAAAGGCGAGACUAAAACAUGAAAUGAGGUCAUAUCAGUUAAUGGUUGUAGAGCCUAUGAAGAAAAUGAAUGAGGAUAAUCAGAAGUUGAUUUGGACUAAGAAUAAAGCUGCCAAAGAACAAGAGCAUAAUAAAAUAUUGGAAGAAGCAGUUGGUAUAGUGGGAAGAAAGCUGCGCAUUAAAGAAAAUGAAAUUAAGAUAAUUAGACAAAGGGCUACAGAGCAACACGAGGAAAGCACAAGGGAAAUGAAUUAUUUAGAAGAAACCUAUAGAAAAGAAUUGCAACAACUUUCUGAAGAUAUAACAAGAAGAGAGCAGGGACUAGAGAAGAUGCAAGAGGAUUUCAAGAAAGAAUAUAUGGAUCGUUGCCACCAACUUGAAGUUGAUUGUGUCAAUCUUCCCCUGGAUAUGAAAAUUGGGAAGGAUGAACAAGAAGAACAAGCCAAAAUUCGAGAAGAGAUUGCAACUAUUGUUGAGCUGAGCAUUAAAGAAACUGAAGAAUAUGAACGUGAGAGACAAGAACUCAUUAAAGAUCAUGAUAGCAGGAGAAAGAAAUUCAGAAUGCAACAACUUCGCGAGGAAGUAGGCUUCGAGAAGGAAUGCGAGCAAGAAAGGUUUAAUAUAUUGGAUAAGUUUUCCAAAAAAAGGCAAGAAGCAGAACAUUGCAUCAACUAGUAAUUUGGAGCCAACAUGCUAUGGAACCAUGGAAUUUCAAUAAGCAAAUAAUGAUGGAUCCUUUGUUAAUAUCUGUUAAAGAGUCUCUGAAGGGUGUAAGGUUACUCUCAAAAAUCUAACGAGUGUCAACAAAUUUGAAUGGCUUUGAACAUAGACAGGUGUCUUGUAGUGUAUUACUCAGCAACAAAAAUGUGUGUAUAUGCAAACCAUAGGAACAAAACUGCUGGAUGCAUCUGUUGUUACAGACUCAGAAGCCUUGUCAAAACUUGCCAGUAUCCUAAAGGGCCUGAUUUCUGUCUUCCCUUUUAUCCGCAAAUUGGAUAGGUUUUAUAAAUUCUUUUUAUGACUGAAGAAACUGUUUUUCUAGCUGGCAAGUAUGUUUUUUAACAAGA